AGCACAUGGUAGUACAAGUGAGCCUGAGGACAAAAGCAUGAAGAUGUUUAUAUUUAGUUAUCCUUUAUUGACCGAGAAAUGGUUUGUGAAAAGGGAGACGUUGGCAUGCUCGAAUGAAAAACAAAAUACUCCCUCUGUUGUCAACGGUUGCGUGUCUGCAUGUCCAACGAAAUCCGAGCAAUACGGUUCAAAGAUUGAUUCUUUUGGCUGCAAAACUACUGCAAAUGAUACAGUAAGUAAUAACGAGAUUUUGGAGAAGAAUCGAAAAACGAAAGAAUUUGUAAGUCAAUUUGAACCAAGUUUGCCUUUAUUAAACAAGAAAUGGUUUAUCAGAAGGGGACGUUUGGCUUGCAAAAAUAGAUCACGGACAAUGCACUCGCAAACUUUCAAUAAAACGCUGAAUGAGAAAAAUCAAGUAAUCGGUCUCAAAAGAGAUGUAGAAAACAAUUCUACAAUUCAAGACAAUGUCAAGUUUCUACAACAGCAAAUAGAGAAAGAAACGAAUCUGGAAAGACACGCGGAAUUGCAUGCAAUAAAAGAAGUGGGAAAGUUCAUUACAGAGUUUGGACUCAUUGUUUCAACACAGCGCGCUGGAAAAGUUCACGAAGAAGCAAAAAAUAAAAUUCUCAAGAAUUUGCAAACCAAGUCAAAAAAAAGCACCUCUAGUAGUCUUUUUUCCCGAUUUUCACGCCAUCUUAACGUUCAACAGAUCUACAUCCAAGGGAAAGCCUAUAUCGUCGAGAAUUGCGUAAAACAAGAGCGCCUUGUCAAGUGUUUAAAGGAUAUGAUGCCGGCAAAUAACGUUAUCGUCAACAAACACCUAUAUGAAAGGUUGGAAGACAUUUUUCAAGAUUCGUUGCAUUUACUGGAUACAAAGCGAGACCGUGAUAUUCUCAAAGGCAUUUUUGCAACUUCAACAAGUGUGAAAUUUACUGCAAAACUCCAGGGAGUCAAGAGCAGAACAGCGAUUGCAAACUGUAGAGACGAACUAGGCGAAAACAUAGAAAAAUUCCGCAAUAUUGAGCAAACUUCGUUAAUGGUUAGUAACAACAUGACAAAUGAACAGCAACGACAGCUUACCAGAAGAGUAAUUCAGAAAAGGAAAGAAUUAAAUUGCAAGUACGAUUCAAGAGGAAGAAUGUUGAAAUAUGAACAAUGGCCAGAUCUUUCGAAGUGUCUUGAUUAUAUUUUUGACAAUCAGGACGUGACUGAGCGUGCAGGGGAGGGAUUAGAAUCACACCCUAGACUUAAAACCGAGAUUCGUUUUCGAAGUAAAGACAACAACACUUUCAUGCGGCAAGCCUGUGAAAUAAUCAACAACAUAUCUCCUCCAUCUUUUAACAUUUCGUUGUCGUCUUGUUAUAAUUAUACAAUGACUUAUAAAAAAAAUGCAAAACUGUCCCUUCAUCGCCCUCCACACACAAAGGUCGACAAGUUGGUGGUGAAUCUUCACUACACCUCGGCUAACGUUAAUUAUUUGUGUGACUAUGCUGCCAAGUAUCCUGAAAACGUGUUAGUUGAUUCAAAAGACGCCAAAAAAAUCGUAUGUGCUGAUAUCACUCCGGUUCAAAAGCCAAGUAAGUUGUGGAAGGAUGUUGAGUAUCUUGACCACGACUGGGAUCAGAGUCGCACAAACGCCGUUACACCAAUGACCCACUUAUUUCUACGAACAGACAUCACUCAUCAAGCAUCUUCGAUCAGAAAUAAUCCGACUGUAAACGAAGUAGACAUAUUGUCACCGAUUUCAGAUACAGUCCUACAUAUAACUAGGACAGGGACAUCUGUAACACUUAUCAAUCCGUCGUUAUUAGAACCUGAAACGACAUUCAGGCUUUUUCAUGAAAUAUUUCUAUUAUUAACAAAGCCAUCGCUGGAUAAAUUCUUUCGAAAUUCAAACACUGGAAAACUAAAAGGAGAAUUUAUAUUUGUGGUAGACAAUGGCCCAGCUGAGGAUCCGUCAAGUCACUUGGUUCAAAUGUUAAUGGUAAGAAUGUUAAAAUUCUUAAACCUUGAUAAAGUCAUCCAAGUUUCCUUUGCUGAAUACCACAGUAAGCGAAACUUUGUGGAACGGAUUCACGCUGUGGAAGACAAGUUGCUUGCUCGCCACGGACCAUUUUCAUCUAAUGGCAUUCAUAGCGAUGUCAAUAUUGUUCCCGGUUCGCAGAAACAUAUAGAAAAUAUGGAAAAUAUGAGUCAAACGGUUAUAAAUUGUUUGCAACAAGGACGCUUUGAUGAUCACCCGUUAAGCGUAUUUCGGGGAGUUAUGAAUUCCUUGCACAUCUUCAAUGAUGAAUUACAUUUAAAGACAUUUCUUUCCUAUUCGGAAGAAAUGAAAGAAACAUGCGAGUUGACAUAUAAGGUUAAUGAAGUUUCGUCUAUGUUGAAAGAUCUGUCAGUUAUAUGGAACGUCAAUGAGAAUUUCGAAGGAAACUAUUUUGAAGACUAUCAAAGUUUGAACAAUUCAGUACCAGGAAUUGAUUAUAGGACAGCGUGGAGAGAUAAAUACAUCACAGCAAUUUAUAGAGUUGAUAACCAAUGGGAAGAAAAAGAAUUAAAAAGAUACGAAUUUCAGGCAAUUCCAGACUAUAUACGCUGGGUAGAAACAAAAGGAGAAUUACACUACCUGCCUUUUGAGCGGCUGGAGUUAGAAAAUGAUAUGGAUUUGACAAAAACACCAGGACUGUUCAGACCUGACCGACUACUUAAUUUACUUUUCACGAUCAACUCGCAUCCACUUGACGAUAUGUACAAGCACUUUUCCUUUUUGGUAUGGCUGCCAGAAUCAACAACACGCGACUACUUUAAUGAAAAGCAAACCUCAAUGCAACAUGCACUACAAGAGGACAUUGCGAGAGAGAAGUGGAGACAGCACUCUUUAUAUGCAAAAAAGGUAGAGGAGUUGGUGACACUUUGCAAAAAGGAAAGUAUAUCUACCAAAGGCAAGAAGUGGCAGCUGGUUGAACGUCUUGUACAAAAAACGGAAGGUGAUAUCCCUGAAGAUUACUCUCCUAACUACGAUGGAGAUUUAAGCAAAGUUGCAAACACAGUAAGCGAAUUGCGAAAGUACCCGGUAGCACGGUUGCGUUAUAUUCUUAACUACCACGGGAUUCAAACAUGCGGCACCAAAGAUGAAAUGAUUCUACGGUUACUACUUGUCAGUCAGAAUAGGUAUUACCUAUGUUUCAACGGAGAGGAAGGAGAACUAAUGAGAACAAUAUCGUUGGCAGAGAGGAUUAUACUUCAACAGAAAAGGCAAAUGAUACUUCAUCCCCAGUAUGUGACAAGAAAAAGAACAUACACAAAAACAAAGUGCAGUAACUACCUAAAUGUUCCUCAAAACAUCACUUUUCAGGCUCUACAAAACGCGUUUAAGGAACUUAAGGACUAUAUCAAAACUUUGAAGAGUCUACGUUUCAAGAAAGGGGAGGAAUUGAAUUUAAAAAAUAAAAGUGUUAACCAUAAAUGUUCAAGCAGUAAUUCGGACGACUAUGAGGAGUACUUUUGUAUUGGAAAGAAGCUCAAAAUAAAGUGGAGCAAAGAAGAGUUAGGAAACAGUGGUUGGACACAAGGCUGGUACUCUGCCCAAGUACAGGAUGGACAUGUUGAAGAUGAUACUGUUAGAGUUGUUUACUUUUCUGAACCUAAAUGUGUAUACACUCUUUGUGUUUCAGAGUAUUUGGCGUUAGGAAAAUUAAAGUUUGCAUAACAUAUUCUCUUACUGUAUUUUCUUAAAGGCCAUGGAAAGUCCGUAAUGUAAACAAAUGCUUUGUUUACAUUUUGAACUCAGUGCUACAGUUGUAAAAUAUGAUUAGAUAUAUCUUAGAGGGUGUUAAUGGGGUAUAUCGUGAGUCAUGAUUCACUCAACUUUCGCGAUCGGUUACCGAUCUUAUACAGUUAUACUGAUAUUAUACUGAAUUUUUAACACUCUUCUGGUUUACUAUGCUUGUAAAUGAAUACAGACUAGAGAUUCAAUUCAGGAAAGUUCGAAAAAUGCGAAAUAUUAAUGACAUUCCAAUGGUCGGGACCCGAUCAUUGGAAUGUAGCCUUGCGCACAACGGACUUUACAUGGUCUUUAAAUAGGACCAUAUUUAUAGACCUUAAUUUGACCCAAAUAAACAAUAUAUGAAGCUGAUCAACAGCUACAGAGGUUGUUAAAAAAGCAAAUCUAUUUCAGUGUGAAAUAUGUAAUGAAGAACUGUGUUGAUAUUAAUAUAAACAUUAGAAAAACGUGUGCCUUUCCGGCUUAAUGUGUUGAUUUCAUAUAUGAAGGUCAUGAUUCAAUCGCAUUCAACCAUCCUCCAAGAGUUUAGGCUGUGCAACGACUCCACAUUUUAUUUGUGUUAUUAAUUAGUCCAAAAUAUGAGCUAAUAUAAGAAGCAAAAUAUUAAAGAAGCAUCCCCUGGAAUUUCCAGUUCCGGAAUCAUUAUUUUAUUUCUCCCCCCCCCCGAAUUUCCACGUGAAUAUGUUAUUUUGACAACACCAACUGGAAUUUCCAGGGUUAAAUAUAAUAGCCAUCCCCUGGAAUUUCCAGUUCCGGUAUCAUUAUUUUAUCCCCUUCCCCCGGAAUUUCCAUGUAAAUCUUAUUAUUUUGACCCCCACCCACUGGAAUUCCAGGGUUAUUUUGACCCCCACCCACUGGAAUUCCAGGUUGUUUUGACCCCCACCCACUGGAAUUCCAGGUUGUUUUGAUCCCCACCCACUGGAAUUCCAGGUUGUUUUGACCCCCACCCACUGGAAUUCCAGGUUGUUUUGACCCCCACCCACUGGAAUUCCAGGUUGUUUUGACCCCCAACCACUGGAAUUCCAGGGUUAUUUUGACCCCCACCCACUGGAAUUCCAGGUUGUUUUGACCCCCACCCACUGGAAUUCCAGGUUAAAUAUAAAAGCAUCCCCUGGAUUUCCAAGGUCCUCAACAGGGGGUGUACGGAUAAAAAAUGCAAUAUGCCAAUGAGGAUAGCG